AUGGUGUCCUUCAGGUCUUCGGCAAGUGGAGUCGUGCCUUUCGUUUUGGCAGGUCUCUUGUCUUAUUUCACAUCUUCCGUUGAUGCCGCGUCUACUUCUAAUGCGGCCAGUAUUUACAACUUGCCGCUCGGGUCGAAUUCGAAUUACACCUUUGCGUUAAAUAUUCCAGAUGACUCUACGGAUUUGUAUUUCUAUUUGUCUGGUCCGGCUAGUUAUAGCUGGUUGGCGGUUGGAACGGGGAGGGAGAUGAAGGAUUCAUUGAUGAUCAUUCUCUACUCUAAUGCUAAUGGAAAGAAUGUCACCGUCAGCCCUCGACUUUCGUCUGGUGAACAGGAACCAGAGUAUGAUUCAUCGAUUGCAGUUACACUCCUCGAAGGCACAGGUAUUGCCAAUAAUACGAUGACGGUGAAUGGACGAUGCUCGAACUGUACAAGCUGGAAGUCUGGAUCAUUGGAUCUAAAAUCCACGUCUCAGCCAUGGAUCUUUGGACUGGGUCCGACUGGUGGUAGUGCUAGAAUGCUGCGCAGUGAUUCCAAAACUGCUAGUAUUGAGAGACAUUCGAAAUACGGGGUCUUCGGCAUCGAUAUGAUUCAUGCUACUGGUGGAUCAGGCGGACUGCCUACAUCAUAUACCACGUCUCAAGGCUCCUCAUCAGAAGGCGAAGAAAUCCAGAACGACAGCAACUGGCCCAGCAUCAUCCACGCUCUCUGCCUCUGCGGCGCGCUGAUCCUCCUCUUCCCAUUUGGAGCAAUCCUCCUUCGCGUCUAUCCCAAGAGUGUACGCUGGCACUGGGUUAAUCAGACCAUUUCAUCCUGCAUCGCCUUUAUCGGCAUGGUGAUCGGAUUCUAUCUCAGCACCAUGUUCACCAAGUCCCAGUCAUACGGCUCCACGCAUCAGAUUCUCGGAAUCGUCAUCCUGCUGGCCAUCAUUGCCCAGUGGGGAAUGGGUUUCUGGCACCACCGUCGGUAUAAGAAGACGCAGUCCGCGUCUAUGUUUGGUUUUGUGCACCGCUACUUUGGGUUCAUCGUGAUUCUACUCGCUAUUGUCAAUAGUGGUAUUGGCCUCAGUUGGUCGUACGCGUCUAAUGGGGUGCUCGUUGGAUACUCCAUUGGUGUGGUUAUUGUCAGCGUUGCAAUCAUCGAUCUUCUAGGUUGGGCACGGUUCAAGUCGAAUCGUGGUGGAAAGGGUUUCGUUCGGCAUCCUCAGGAGUUGGAUGAUUUCCAGAACGGCGAUCAGUCGGAUGGUUACUUCGAUCGUGAUUCGGGCAGGCAGCAUGGUUAA